AUGCCUGAGCUAGAAGAAUAUGUGGUGGAUGUCGUACACUACACAAGUGGCUUCAUUGUACGAAAGAUUCAAAAAAAUAAGGCACUUUGUAAGACAUGUGAUUCAUUUCUAACAGUUGAUGAUAAUAACAAUCAAAAUUCUUCAAAGUUGUUUCAGCUAAAAAAUAGAGGGAAAUUAAUAAACGUAUCUUCCGAUGUUCACAAAACAUGUUUAGUGACAGAAUAUAUAAUUAGAAUAUGUAAUGAAGAUUUAUUGAGGAAAAAAAAUAUUAAAUUAAUAUUAUCUUUAAAAGCAUUGAAUGAAUUGAGCUCUGACAACACCAUAUUCAAUUCAAAAGAAAUAAAAGAGCACAUAUUACAACAAGAUCUGUUAGAUAAUCACCGUAGCCAGCUACUAAAAUUAAUAGUUGAUUGUUAUAUUACCCUGAGACUCCACCACUUUGCGAAAUCACAUACUUUUGCAAUUAGUGGUCGUAACAUAAGGCAUAACUAUACAAAACAAAUUUUAUUCCAUAACCAAUAA